AGAAGUGUUGAAAGCGCUCUAUCAAAGUUCUUCUCACCGUAGCUCACCUUCCGUUGAGCGGCAUUGUCUUCCUUAAGCGCAAUGUCACUGUCUGUUGCAGACGAGCCCUUGUUCGGGACUCGACAAAACCUCGAGGUUAGCCUUUGUCGGGUCGUCCUUUCUCGUACAGACAGCUCGACACUCUCCUGCAGGACACAGAGAGCUCUGCUGAACCACAAACACCACCAUGACACAAUCAUCACGAUCUGUCUCUUUCGCUUCAUCAGUCGAGGAAUAUGAUGAUUAUUACGACACUCCUGUAGCGCCUGCUACCUCGCCCCGAGCAAUAGCUCGCCAGCAAGCUUUAACAGAGCUAUUCACCGCACCGCUUCGAGUACCCCUUGACACCUUGGAUCCAAAUGAUCAACCCUACGCUCCCACCGAUCCGUCGGACGACGAUGAAAACGACGAGGAGUACGAUUACGACUACGAGUCCGUCACAUACCAUCGCCCGACCGACCAACAUCGUUGGACAGAAGAAGACUUGAUGACUCUGCGGAACGAUAGAGUUGAGGCCGAAGCGGUGCGUGAAAUGUUUUAUGUCGUCAAUGGUGUCAACAUGACCGGAACCGAUGAGAUACCUGGAGAAGUGUACGUACCGCCUCCGAGCGAUGAACCAGCUGAUGACGAGCGGUCGGAGCCAGACGUAGCCCUAAGUACUGUGGAGGUCCUUGCGAUGCAUGAUUGCUUCCUGCCCAGCACCUUAGGCGAUCCAAGUGCAGAUCCAGCCUCCCCGCAAACAGCGCUCUUUGAGCGAAUGAUUGUCGAAACUGCUCACAGCAUCGAAGGAGAAAGUGGGGACGCCAGGGCAAUUAGGAACAGCGAUCAGUGCGAAGGCCAGCAGUAUGAAAUGGCUAGGGAGACGGUUGUGGCUAUGAUCCGCAGCGUCAAUGACUACCUCCCCGAGGAGGAGCACGACUUUGCCUUUGAUUCGCUCCGGGCUGCUAUUAGAAGGUGCGAACGGCACAACAGUGAGCGUGUGCGCGAAUUCGCUGGUGCCGUGGCCGAGUAUGACAUUGUCAUGCAACACGAAGCGAACGAAGGUGUGCUUUCCGAUUCGGAUGAGGAGUAGAGCUAGGACGAGUCGAUGAAGGGGGAGUGUAUGUAGUAGCUGAGCUCUGUGCUGCUCAUCUUCAGGUAUUCUUUCGUAAACUUCGCCGU